AUGAAUUCCCUAAUGAACCAAAUCAAGUUUAUAGGACCAUACGAGUUAAUCCUUCCCAAAACCACAGAACGUUUUCAUUUAUCGGCUUUAAAAACAUCAGAUAUACCACAAAUCACUUCGUUACUGGAAUCGACGAAUGUGAACUCGAUUGACAUUCACAAGAGUACGAUAUCAUUACCAAAUCCUUACACUUUAUCGGAUGCGAAAUGGUUCGUUAAUAAAAGCAUCGAGGAAUAUAGAACAACGUCACGAUGUAAUAUAUGGGCGAUUCGUAAUUCAUCAAAUGAUGAGUACAUCGGAUGUAUCGGGUUACAUUCAUUCAAGGGCAAGUACUUGUUUGAGGAUGAACGAGAUAAGGCAUUACUUGAUGAAGGGUAUGGGAUAGGUUAUUACAUUUCUUUAAAGUAUCGAAACUUGGGUAUCGUUAGUUCGUCCGUGAAAUUUGUUUGUGAUGAGAUCGCCUUUAAAGAAUUACGAUUGGAUUACGUUUUUGCGUACGUAUUUACCGAUAAUGUGAAGAGUCAAAACUUGUUAAAAAAAUGUGAUUUUAAAUUGAUUAAAUUAUUACCAAAUGCCUUGGAAAAAAGUGGUGAAUUGAGAGAUAUGUAUUUAUUUAUCAAGGAAAGGGGUGGUGAUGAUGAUGAUGAAAAUAAUUGA